AUGUCCGACUACAAAGCGAAAGACGCCGAGGCGGGGACGCAGACGUACGUCCAGCCCAUCGCUGGGUCUGGCGAGGCUACACCGCCCAACGAGAAGGUCAUGCAGGGGGAGGACGAGUUCGAGGUGUUCAAGAGGAUUGAAGGCGCCGAGGAUUAUCGUACAGUGACAUGGUGGAAAGCCGCCUUCAUCUUCCUCAAAGUCAUCUUUGCCACCGGGGUUCUCUCCAUCCCUUCCUCCAUGGUCACCCUUGGCGCCGUCCCGGGAGCCAUCAUGAUUGCGGUCGGGCUCGGUCGGUUCCGCGAGAAGCACGCAGGCUGCCACACCGUCGCCGACAUGGCGCACCACGUCUGGGGCGCCUGGUUCCGUGAGCUCGUCGGUGCGCUCUACCUCAUUGCCUACGUUCUGUGUGCAGGAACUGGGGUCAUUGGUUCGAGCAUCGCUCUCAACUCGCUCUCCGACCACGCGACCUGCACCGUCGUCUUUUCGGUUGUCUGCACGGUCAUCAUCGCGAUCAUGGCCUCCUUCCCCAAGUUCCACCAGAUCGGCUGGCUCACGUGGGCUGGCUUCUUCUCCAUCUUUAUCGCGGUCUUCAUCGUCGUCGUCGGUGUCACCACUUACGACCGCCCCUACGCUGCGCCCGCCGGUGUCACCGACAUCGGUUUCUAUGCCAUCACACCCGUAGCACCUGCCUUCGCUGCCGGCGUCGCUGCUUGCGUCACCAUCUUUGUCUCUUCUGCCGGUACCUCCGCCUUCAUCCCCGUCAUUUCCGAGAUGAAGAGGCCCCAAGACUACCGCAAGGCCCUCUACACGUGCAUGGGCUUCGUCACCGCCGUCUACCUCGCUUUUGCCCUUGUCGUUUACAAGUGGUGUGGUCGGUAUGUCGCCUCCCCUUCUCUCGGUUCCGCCGGUCCUACCCUCGAAAAGGUCGCGUAUGGGGUCGGUCUCCUCGGUCUCCUGGCUAGCGGGAUGAUCUACGUUCAUGUAGGCGCGAAAUACCUCUUUGUCCGCCUCCUCCGUGACUCGCGCCACCUCCAGGAAAAAACGGUCCAGCACUGGGUCAUCUGGCUUUCGUGCUCGAUCGGUCUCUCCCUCCUGGCCUUCGUCCUGGCCUCGGCUAUCCCCAUCUUCAACUACCUCGUCGCCCUCGUCGGAUCCAUCUGCUUCUGUCCCCUCGCACUCAUGUUCCCCGCCAUCCUCCACUUUUACGACAACUGGAACGACAUCAAAACGGGGUCCGUCAUGCAAAAAGCCGAGUGGGUCCUCAACAUGAUCCUCUUGGUCUUGGGCGCCUUCCUCUGUGUUUCGGGGACGUACGGUGUCAUUCUUCUCAUCCAGCAAGCGUAUGCGAGCGGAGCGAUCGGGGGUGCGUUCUCCUGCGCCGACAACGCGGUCUAG